GGUGGAUGGCUAGGUGUACAUAUUGGAUGUGUAUAUAUGGUGCCAUGGUGCACUGAACCUGAUUACCGCAUCCAAAUAUAAAAGCCCCAUCGAUUGCAGCCGGCGAACACAGUGCUGAAAGUGAGUUCGCGCCAUUCGGUGGUCCGACUGGACAAACUAAAGGAUUAAUUAAAGGAUCUGCUUGACAAACAAACGGGCAACGUCGGGAAUUAACCACAACUGCCAGCAGCAGCAUCAGCAUCAUCAGCAGCACCAGCAUUAAAAUGACCAAAGUGACAACGCGAAGUCACUUGUUGGCGGGCAAUCUCCUGGCCGUAAUGCUCCUGCUAACGGCAACGGGAAUUGCGGCGCGCCGCCUGGCCCACCGUCGCCUCAUCAUCCAUGUGCCGGUCAAGACGAAGACACACCAUCACACCCACACCGUUUACAAGGUGGUUCAUGCCCACGGCGGUGGAGGCGGAGGACAUGGUGGCAUCAAGCAGACAGUAUACAAAGUGAUGGGCUUCGCCUCCAACGGAGCAGAGCGAAAUGGCAACGGGAUGUCCAAGGGUUUAGGAGGAGGAGGAGCCAGCGGAGGAGGCAACGGAGGAUCCAUUGGUUAUGGCAGCUACGACCUGGGCAGCAUGGGCAGGGGCAAAGGACACGGCGAAAUCACGUACGAGGAUAUGCACGACUGCGAGAGUGGCAAAGUGGCUCCGGCGACCAGGGACAUGAUUUUCAAUCAUUACUCGCGACACGGCGAAACCGGUGGAUCCGUGGAGGAUUACGCUGAGGAGCUGGACGACUUCAUAGACCUAAGGGAUGCCUACUUGUGA